GGCGGCGUCCCGCGGCCUUCCCCAGAGUCGGGCGGGAGGGGAGGGCGGGUGUGGAUUUGUCUUGACGGUAAUUGUUGCGUCUCCACGUCUCGGUGGCCUGCGCUCUGGGUCGCUCCUCCGUCGGGAGCGUGCAACCACGGCGAUUACACACUCCCUUCCCGGGCUGCCCACGCACCCUGGUUGCGUGCGUGUGGAGUCGGACCCGCGCACACGCGUGUCUCCGGACGGCUACGGCGCCCAGAGGCAAGGAGGGAAGGGGGCGCCGGGAGGCUCGGCACUUCCUACCCGCUGCGGGGCCCCGGGGUCGCCUGCCGGGCGCGGGGAGAGCCCCGGCUUGCAGCUGCUGUUGCUGCCGCCGUCCAGUUUGAAGUGGGGCAUUUAAAGCCUGGAACCGGGCAGGCCAAGGGGAGGAGGAGGCAGGAGCUCAGGGAGACCGGCUGGUGGAACUGCAGACGGCUGGGAGAACUAAGAUUACAGAUGGCAAACUCUAUGAAUGGCAGAAACCCUGGUGGUCGAGGAGGAAACCCCCGAAAAGGUCGUAUUUUGGGUAUUAUUGACGCUAUUCAGGAUGCAGUUGGACCCCCCAAGCAAGCUGCAGCCGAUCGCAGGACUGUGGAGAAAACUUGGAAACUCAUGGACAAAGUGGUAAGACUGUGCCAAAAUCCCAAACUUCAGUUGAAAAAUAGCCCACCAUAUAUACUUGAUAUUUUGCCUGACACAUAUCAGCAUUUACGACUUAUAUUGAGUAAAUAUGAUGACAACCAGAAACUUGCUCAACUCAGUGAGAAUGAAUAUUUUAAAAUCUACAUUGAUAGUCUAAUGAAAAAGUCUAAACGGGCAAUAAGACUCUUUAAAGAAGGCAAAGAGAGGAUGUAUGAAGAACAGUCGCAGGACAGACGAAAUCUCACAAAGCUGUCCCUCAUCUUCAGUCACAUGCUGGCAGAAAUCAAAGCAAUCUUUCCCAACGGUCAAUUCCAGGGAGAUAACUUUCGUAUCACAAAAGCAGAUGCUGCUGAAUUCUGGAGAAAGUUUUUUGGAGACAAAACUAUCGUACCAUGGAAAGUAUUCAGACAGUGCCUUCAUGAGGUCCAUCAAAUUAGCUCUGGCCUGGAAGCAAUGGCUCUAAAAUCAACAAUUGAUUUAACUUGUAAUGAUUACAUUUCAGUUUUUGAAUUUGAUAUUUUUACCAGACUAUUUCAGCCAUGGGGCUCUAUUUUACGGAAUUGGAAUUUCUUAGCUGUGACGCAUCCAGGCUACAUGGCAUUCCUGACGUAUGAUGAAGUUAAAGCGCGGCUGCAGAAAUACAGCACCAAGCCUGGAAGCUACAUUUUUCGGUUAAGUUGCACUCGGCUGGGACAGUGGGCCAUUGGCUAUGUGACCGGGGAUGGCAAUAUCUUACAGACCAUACCUCAUAACAAGCCCUUAUUUCAAGCCCUGAUUGAUGGCAGCAGGGAAGGGUUUUAUCUUUAUCCUGAUGGGAGGAGUUACAACCCUGAUUUAACUGGAUUAUGUGAACCUACACCCCAUGAUCAUAUAAAAGUUACACAGGAACAGUAUGAAUUAUAUUGUGAAAUGGGCUCCACUUUUCAACUUUGUAAAAUUUGUGCAGAAAAUGACAAAGAUGUCAAGAUUGAGCCUUGUGGGCAUUUAAUGUGCACCUCGUGCCUGACGGCGUGGCAGGAGUCUGACGGCCAGGGCUGCCCCUUCUGUCGUUGUGAAAUAAAAGGAACGGAGCCCAUAAUUGUGGACCCCUUCGACCCCCGAGACGAAGGCUCCCGGUGCUGCAGCAUCAUCGACCCCUUCGGCAUGCCCAUGCUGGACUUGGACGACGACGACGACCGCGAGGAGUCCUUGAUGAUGAACCGGUUGGCCAAUGUUCGAAAGUGUACUGAGAGGCAGAACUCACCAGUCACAUCCCCAGGAUCCUCUCCCCUCGCCCAGAGAAGAAAGCCACAGACUGACGCUCUCCAGAUCCCACAUCUAAGUUUGCCACCAGUGCCUCCCCGCCUGGACCUGAUUCAGAAAGGCAUAGUCCGAUCUCCCUGCAGUAGUCCAACUGGGUCACCAAAGUCUUCUCCUUGCAUGGUAAGAAAACAAGAUAAACCACUUCCAGCACCACCUCCUCCUUUAAGAGACCCUCCUCCCCCUCCACCUGAAAGACCACCCCCAAUCCCACCUGACAACAGACUGAGUCGACACUUCCAUCCUAUGGAGAGUGUGCCUUCCAGAGACCAGCCAAUGCCUCUUGAAGCCUGGUGCCCUCGGGAUGUGUUUGGGACUAAUCAGUUAGUAGCAUGUCGACUCCUAGGGGAUGGCUCUCCAAAGCCUGGAAUUACAGCAAGUUCAAAUGUCAAUGGAAGGCACAGCAGAAUGGGCUCUGACCCAGUGCUUCUACGGAAACACAGAUGCCAUGACUUGCCUCUAGAAGGAGCUAAGGUCUUUUCCAAUGGUCACCUUGGAAGUGAAGAAUACGAUGUUCCUCCCCGGCUAUCUCCUCCUCCUCCAGUUACCACCCUUCUCCCUAGCAUAAAGUGUACUGGUCCAUUAGCAAAUUCUCUUUUAGAGAAAACAAAAGACCCAGUAGAGGAAGAAGAUGAUGAAUACAAGAUUCCUUCAUCCCAUCCUGUUUCCCUGAAUUCACAACCAUCUCAUUGUCAUAAUGUAAAACCUCCUGUUCGGUCCUGUGAUAAUGGUCACUGUAUAUUGAAUGGAGCACACGGUGCAUCUUCAGAGAUGAAGAAAUCCAACAUCCCUGAGUUAGGCAUAUAUUUAAAGGGAGAUGUUUUUGGUUCAGCCUCUGACCCAGUGCCAUCACCACCUGCCAGGCCUCCACCUCGGGACAGUCCAAAGCAUGGUUCUUCACUCACCAGGACGCCCUCUGAUUAUGACCUUCUCAUCCCUCCAUUAGGUGAAGAUGCCUUUGAUGCCCUCCCCCCGUCCCUCCCGCCUCCCCCACCUGCGCGCCAUAGUCUUAUCGAGCAUUCAAAGCCUCCUGGCUCCAGUAGCCGACCAUCUUCAGGACAGGACCUUUUUCUUCUUCCUUCAGAUCCCUUUUUUGAUCCAGCAAGUGUCCAAGUUCCUUUGCCUCCUGCUAGGAGAUUACCGGGUGAAAAUGUCAAAUCCAACAGAACAUCCCAGGACUAUGAACAGCUUCCUUCAUCUUCAGAUGGUUCACAAGCACCAGCCCGACCCCCUAAACCACGACCCCGGAGGACUGCACCAGAAAUUCACCAUAGAAAACCCCAUGGGCCUGAGGCAGCAUUGGAAAACGUAGAUGCAAAAAUUGCAAAACUCAUGGGAGAGGGUUAUGCCUUUGAAGAGGUGAAGAGAGCCUUAGAGAUAGCCCAGAAUAAUGUCGAGGUGGCCCGGAGCAUCCUCCGAGAAUUUGCCUUCCCCCCUCCUCCUGUUUCCCCGCGUCUAAAUCUAUAGCAACCAGAACUGUAAACGCCCAGUGGGAAGCGAUCGACACUUUUUCCAGGAGCGUGGAAAUGAGAGAUUUGAGAUGGAGUUCCAUAGAGAAGGUGUCGCUUCCUCCUGCGGCAUCUUGAUGCGAGAGGCUUGGGGAAAGCAGCUUUUCAGAAGGAGACCGCUGCUCGCUCAGGAUGUCGACGGCUGUGGCUUCCUUGUGUUUGCUAGCCAUACUUUUAAAUCAGGGUUGAACUGACAAAAAUAAUUUAAAGACGUUUACUUCCCUUGAACUUUGAAUCUGUGAAAUGCUUUUCCUUGUUUACAAGUUGGCAAAGUUGCAGUUUGUUUUUAGUUUAGUUUUUUUCUUUUUAUAUAAUAUAUAUAUAUAUAUCUGUACUGUAUUCCUGUUGGACUUCGUAGCGUGGUCAGGUCUGCUGUGACAUUUCCCACCAACUCUCUUGCUGUCCACAUCAAAGCUGCAUUACUUACUCAUUUUGAUUCUACCUUCCAUGCCCCCUGCCCAGGUCCAAUUCCAUUUCUCCCAAUUACAAGAUGCUUUAAAGGUUCCGAUUUUCAAUGUAUCAAACUAGUGCAAAAAAAAAAAAAAAGCAUGUGUUCUUUCACUACUGAGUUUUUUCAUGGCAAACCAUCAUUCUUGAGAGAUGGGAAAAACCUGAAUGUAUAAAGUAUUUGUUUGUCAAUAAACUGCCUUUUAUAAGGGGUUUUUGCAUAAUACAGAGGAACUUCCCUCUUAGUUUAAGUUUUGUGACUUCUAAUUUUCUGUAUUCUCAUCUCUCUCCCACCAGGCUUGUUGUGACUCUGAAAGUCUAAAAUAUUAGGAAGCAACUAUUGCAGAUGUGAAAAUUGCACUUGCACCAGACAGACUGCCCCUAAUAUUUAUGCUUGCAUUACUUUGAGGCAUGCUAAGUGGGGUCAUCCCUCUAAAAUACGUUACUAACUUUCAGGUAAAAUUACGCACAUCACAUGAAUUGGAAUUAGAGUUCCUUUGCUAUUUGAGUGAUUACCCUCUGUUUCCUACAAGCUGUGCAAACCAGUUCAUACUGCAGUAGAAACGUGGAAUCUUUGAUGCACUGUUAAGUACGAACGCUACUGUGGCCAUGUUUGCAAAAUCGUUAGUAAUUUUCUCUCUCCAAUCAGUGUUCAAAUUGAAUUUAUGGAUUCUCUCAUUGCCCACAUUGCUCCAUCAAAUCAGGUGAAAGACAUUAAUAUAGUUUUGCCUUUUUUUGCAAAAUGGCUCUUCAGAAACUAUAUUAUUACUUCUAAUCUGUGAGUAUUUAUUGAGCAUCUGUGAUGCGGUUGGCACUGUCAGGCACUGUGUUUUUAAAGCACAAAUUUUCACACGCUGAUUCCAACAUAAUGUUUUGUUUUUCUAUGUCUGCAGUUUUGAUGGCAAAUGUUUCUCUGAUGGACAAAGCCUAGAAGGUUUUCACCAGAGCUUCAGAAUUUUUUAGCAGUUUGCAUUUUUAAAUUCCUAAUGAGAAGUUAGUGGAGAAUUGAGAUAAAUCCAUCUCUGUAAAUGCUCAAACCCACAAAAGGUUUUCUAAAUACGGACUAACUGCAGCUUGGUGUGUGUGUUUCUACCACUCCUUUUUAAACUUCACACCAAGUGUGACAUAAAAGGAUGCAUCCGACAGUGGACCUGUCUUCAGGACUCAAAAGGACGGGAACAAACAUCUGACAGAUACGAUGGAAAUUAAUGUGCUGCAGGACUUCUGUAGCCAACCAAGCUGACCCUGGGAGGGAAAUUAAUUCAUUCCUUUGCAAAGUGACACAUGCCCUUGUGUGACAGUCUGGCUUUCAUGGUAGGAGUUGAUACCUGAGGCGUCACAGGUCUUGGAUGGUUUGUGCUUUUGCAUGAAUUUUUUCAGGUGAUUCUGAGCUGGUUAGGUUCAUGGAGGGGAAUUUUUAAUUUGCCUUAGAUGUUCGUCUUAUGAAUAGAUACGUGAGUGCAGUUUUUUACAUGUUUAAAAAUUCCAUGGGUUAAUUUUCCAUCGCUUUAUGAACUCCAUGUUGUGUCAUCAUGAGUUUUCACUUGAUUUAACAAUUUCGGAUGUCAUAUUGGAAUAGCACCAUACAUUUUGGCCUUUUGUUGACUUGCUGAUCACAGGUGCAGUCUAAAAGCCAAAAAGUUGCUGCUCAAUUGUGAUAAUGUUGCUACAACAUUCUUAAUAGAGACUGAUGUAAAAUAGACCGUUAGAAAAUACAGUACAUUCUCAUUUAGUUAUCAAAUGAUAUGUGAAAAUUUCCAGUGAGAAUUUAAAAAAAGGAAAGACUAGUUAUGAUCCAGUAAAUUUGGGCCUGAAAUUUGGGGGGAAAAAUGGGGUUUUUUUGCACAAAAAAUGUACUGAUCUUUACCACAGUUUCUCUGGAUCUUGUUCUCAAUAGCAGCCAUUAGUUUUUUCAUUAAAAAGAAUGAAUCCAAAAUUAUUACCGAAUAGUAUAGUUAGAGGGAAACUUUGAAACACUGUCAUGAUAGACCCAUUGCUACCUAUUGCCUAGGAAAUCAAACUGAAAAAUAAUUUUUUGAGGAAAUAAUAAUUAAACCAACAUAUUUUUCCAUUACAAAUGUGACUACUUUAGUCACUUAGUGUUUGGAAAUGAUCCAGACUAUUUCACUGUGAUCCAAAAAGUUAGACAUUCCUUCCAUUUCUCAAGAUUUGUUAAUGCAAUUACUUUUUAAGACAGUAUUUCAUAUAUAACUACUAAAAUUAAAACUAUCAUGGCCAAUAUUAACCCUCCUCUCUCCACCCAAACAUGUUCUGGAUGUAGAAGGGCUUAUCCAUGAUAUUCCAGUAAAUGCAUAUCCAACAUGUUUUCCCUUAAUAUGUGGUAAAUCCUAGCCAAAUUUUCUAGCAUUGAAUCAGAGCAGUUUAUAUUUAACUUGAACUUCCACUAAUAUGACCUUCAGCUCUUCCCUGUUCAUCUCCCCUUGUCUACGUUGCAAAUAGUAUCGAUGAUAGAGCCCUGAAUGCAACUUCAGUGGGCUCCAUUUGUUAACGUAGCAUUUCAUACACCAACAACACUUGCAAAGAUUUCUUCAUAAUGUGAAUUUUUCAUUUUUCUGUUCCAGAAGCAUUUCCUACAGUUUGAACAUUAUUUUUCCUUCAUAUUUUCAACUUGAAGCUUUAAUUUGCACUGAAUUAUCUAACCUGGUUAAAAUUUUCCCUUUUCAGCUAACAUGUUUGGAAACAAAUUAGAGUAUGCUUUAAAUAACAACACGUACUGCCAGUUAACCUGGAAUUCUGAUGACUCUGGGGAAAUUUUCCAGAAAAUGACAGCAAUAGAGUAAAGGUUCCCCCCCCCAUUACUAUUUUAUUGUUUUUAUAAAAUGCCUUUUUUAAACUUGUGUAAUGUGGCAAAAUAGUUAUGUGUUCAAUUAAUUUAUAUUUUAUUCAUUCUUUUUCAAUUCUGGUUAUUAUGUAGCCUCAAGUACUUUAUCUGUUGUUCUAAGGUAUUUUAUAAAAUGAAUGUUAACAAAA